AUGCAUUGUUGUGAUUUUGGUUUCUUGUUUUUCCUUUGUUUUGAUCAGACUCGAGUGCAAGCUUCAACUCAUACCUUUCCAAAAAUCAUUUCCAAGCUUCCACAAAUUGGAGUAUGGGCAUUGUAUAGGGGUUCAAUUCCCGCAAUUCUUGGACAGUUUUCAAGCUAUGGCCUGCGAACUGGAAUAUUUGAAGCAAGCAAGCUUGUGCUCCUAAAUGUUGCUCCAACACUGCCUGAACUCCAGGUUCAAUCUAUUUCAUCAUUCUGUAGCACAUUUUUGGGGACAGCAGUGCGGAUUCCAUGUGAAGUACUAAAGCAGCGAUUACAGGCUGGUAUUUUCAAUAAUGUUGGGGAGGCCAUUGUUGGAACUUGGCAUCAAGAUGGUCUUAAGGGUUUUUUUCGUGGGACCGGGGCCACUCUUUUCCGGGGGGUUCCAUUCUAUUUUAUUGGCACAUGACUAUAUGCUGAAUUGAGGAAGAUUGCCCAGCAAAUUCUCGGCCGGGAUCUAGAGCCCUUUGAAACCAUUGUUGUUGGAGCUUUAUCUGGAGGGCUAACUGCCGUCAUCACUACACCCUUUGAUGUUAUGAAGACUAGAAUGAUGACUGCUCCAGCUGGCCGAACUGUAACAAUGUCAAUGGUAGCAUUCUCUUUACUCUGUCAUGAAGGACCUCUUGGCCUAUUUAAGGGAGCUGUACCUCUUCCUUUGGGUGCCAUGAACUUUGCAGGCUAUGAGCCAGCUAGGAAGGCCAUGGUAAAAAAUGAGUAAUUAGCCGGAGACCAGUUAACUCAGAAGAAGUUAGCUAGUUCGGGGUAGAUACAAGGUUUUUUUUUUCAAGUAAGAACAUAACUUUCAAGAGCCUCCUGGGGUUUUGUUUUGCAAUAAAUGCAAAUAAUUGUUGCCGGAAAGUUUUGUUCCUUUUCUGAAACAACUGGCAGCUUGUGCUUUAAAUUUCUGUCUGUGGACAGCUCCGCAUUUCUUGUUCAGCCAUUGUAAUUCUUGUCAUAGUUUUUCAUUUUACCCUUGCUCUGAACUUUUUGAUCCACCAGGAACGGUAGUUCAUAUAUCUUCUCGGUUAAAUUUUGUAUUUUGCAUUGCCCUUUGCAUUUAAUGUUAAUACUUUUCUGUGCAUCAGCCAAGUACAAUUUGUUUUCAAUUUUUUGGAGAUUGUAAAAAGUUUCAAGUGCUAAUAGUGAACUUAUUUCCUUUAUUGAUAUAUGUAUUCAACAGAUCCAUGUAAGGUUAAGAAGAAAGAACAGCAUAGAUAAAGAGAAUGAGUUUUUCACAAAAUCAGGGUUCCACUCGAUAACCCUCUGUUACUAUUUUCUUUUUGUUCCAAUCGCUACAAUUUUUCAAUUUUCUGCUGAGUUAUAUAGUAAUUGGAAGCAUUCAUAAAUAAUGAAAAUGGGUGUUAAUCA